AUGCUUGUGGAGGAGCGAAGAUUGGCGCCUCAAUUAUCACAGCCCGAGUCUUUCAGCCUCGUUGAAACAUUUGGUCCAAACUCUACGGAGCUCUCAACCGUCCGAGCACCCGACUCGCAGAUGGAGGAUCUUUCCUUUUUCUGCGAUGGCGGAGACUGCGACUCGCUCUUGCAAGGCGAGGACCAGGACAUGGAAAGCCUUUUUGGGGGCGAUGAUGAGUGUUCGACACCUUUGUCGACAUUGAGCCCAUAUCCACAGACGAGUGUGCUUGCGCUUCCAGACACUCAGCUGGCGGUGCCUGCCGAGCCGGCAGCGGCUUGCACCCAGCAAAGAGACAGUGACGUUAGUACUCUCCCAGAGCCUCAGCAGUGCAGAGAAUUAUGGGGUUUCCCGCUCCCAGACCCAGCAUCAGCCGCAAAUCUUGAUCUUGAUCAAAUAGAAGACGAGAUGCGCGAGUUGGAGCAGAUGCUGGCUGCUGAUCAGGAGCGGGAGCGGGAGCUCCACGAGGAAGAGGAUGGAGAGCAUCAGAGCGGCCAGGAGGGCCCACCGCAACAACCCAUUGACACUCCGCAUAGUGAAGCAAGUCUAUCGUCGGAGCCGGCCUCUUGGCCCGAUCAAACCGGCCAAGGCGGCGAGAACCACGUGACUGUCUACGAUGUCGACGCCGACGGAGUCGAUGAAGACGACGACGUUAUCUUCAUGGGCCAGACAAAGGCAAAUACACAGACCCAGGCUUUGCAUCCAGGGAUGGCCGCAGGAUGUGAUGGUCCUCCACCGGAGAGCAUUCACCUACGUGAGCGAAGCAUCGAAGAGCUUUUGCCAUAUGUGCAGCUCGACGCAAAGAUCUCUCUCCAGGCCAUCUACGUUAUGCUUGACAUCAGCAUUUCUGCGGGUAGGCUGAUAAAACAUGAGUGUCGCCAGUAUCUGACCAAACCGGAACAUGCAAUCCAUUCAAGCGGCAGUAAGGAUCCCGUGGCUCUGCGCACACGCAAGGUGACCAUUCUCUUGAGCUCGCUCGCUUUUCUGUCCGAGUUGGGCAUGGGUGAGCGAUGGUUCGGGCAGGCGUUAUUGAUGAACCCCAGAAGCAAGUACGUCUGGCCAGCGGACUCGACCAGGUUGACUCUGCUCUUCGUCAAGCUACUGUACAAGCUUCAACGCAACAAGGAAAUCAAAGAUAGACGGAAGCCCAGUCAGGUCUAUCGUCCCAAGCACGGACCUACCGCGAACACGCCUUCUGGUUUGUCGUCCACAGCCCUCUCCAUGACGGGAUUUGCGCAUGAUUCUCCAUCGUGUCUUCGAGAGCGGCUCGCGACAGCCCAAAAGCGUGGUUUUAGCGAACUGGACGAGCCGGUAUCGACAGAGUCUUCGAUUUCCAGAUCAUCCUCUGUAGUAUCGGCUGUCAUGUCUGCACAAUCCCCAGCAUCCUCUGUGACAUGUACAACGCCACCAUUACACCUUAGCGACUCGGACGGCCUGGUCUGCGAUAGUGAGGCGACAUCUCAGCAUCGGCUUGCUAAGAAGAGGCACCAAGCCAACGCAACAGGCGUGUGCUAUAUUGCGAAGGCGCCCGACGAUGCAACGAUUCGGUACUUCAUCAACAUCACGCGAGGGUGCGAGAGGGUACUUCCUCGGUUGGUGCUCGGCCACACCGACUGGAUGCGCACGGCUGGGUACUCUUUUCUGACGAGUCGAUGCACAGCGAUGGGCUACGAGGUGGCAUCGGUGGCUGUCUGCACUCUUCUUGGACUGGAAGAAGUUGGGAACGACCGGGAGUGGGACCGGGCAGUGUGUCGCGUGCACGAAGCGAUGCUGAUGGAUGAUGAAGUUCGGGUUCUGGUGAAUCUGCAAGGAUAG